CUUCAGCCCUCCUCCUUCUCUGGCGGUAUCAUAAUAAAAAAAACACCUAGCCGAAAUAAUUCUCCGGUAACAAUUUUACGGCGACUCUGAAAAAAAAAGUUAGCGAUUUCUUGUGAAAAAGUCUCUGUUCGUGGCUUGGUAGAUCGAAGAAAGAGUGAGUGAAACGAAAUCGAUGGUGUUUCCCGGUGAGAUGACGACGAAGACGGCGACGAGACCUGAGCAAAGAUCGAAGAGUCUUCACAAUUUCCCUUUACCGAACUUAUGGGGGAACCAGAGACACCUCAAGUGCAUGAAGAUCGACGACUCAAACGGAAACGGCGGCGAUCACCACCGACUAAGACGCCGAUCUCCUCCUUCGAGAUACUCCGAUUCGACGGCGUUUCGAUUCGGCGGGUCCGAUCAUCUCCGGAGCAAAAACGCGGAGGCGUUUAAAUCUGGAGGAGGAGGAAGCGAGGAAGGGAUCGAGGAGUUUAGGGUGAAGCUUAUGUCGGAUCUGAAGACGGUGAGGGAUAAGAUCACACAAUCCAUGUUUAACAAGGACGUAAUCGAAGAGGAGAGGGAAGAAGAAGAAGAAAUCUCCGGUUCUGGUUCCGGUUCAGGUUCCGGUCAAGAGAAGGAGGUCUCUCUCUCUCCGGUGAAGCCGUGGAAUCUUAGGAAACGAAGAGCGGCGGCGUGUAAAGAACCGGUUUCCGAUAAGGGAAUCGCGAUUGAGGAGAAGGUGGUAGUGACGCCGUCGUUGAGAGGAGGCGGAGUGGUCGAAGCGGAGACGGUGAAGAAGAUGCGUCCUAAGUUCGCUGUGAAGCUAUCGAAGAAAGAGAUCGAAGAAGAUUUCGUUGGGAUGUUAGGUCACCGACCACCGCGUCGGCCCAAGAAACGGCCCAGAACCGUUCAGAAACAACUCGAUAGUUUGUUUCCUGGGUUGUAUUUGACUGAAGUGACGCUUGAUGCAUAUAAGGUUCCAGAAGAGACCACCAAGAGAUAGAUGAUGAGGAUUUGUAAUUGAAGUCUCCUGUCAAUAUUUGAAUCUGGAGUUUGAGGGUUAAAAGAUCUUGGAGGCUCCUUCUUCCUUUCUCUUGCUAAUUUUCUUUUCUUGAUUAAUUCUUUCUUCCCAACUUGUUCUGAAAUAAAAAAUUGUACAAAAAGAAAAGUUAUUUAGGUUCUGGUUGAUUAAUACAUAAUAAUAAUGUUUACUUCUUCAUUCAACAAAAAGGUUUCUUUCUUUCUCUGAACAAAUCUAUACUAUUGUAAGGGAAAUCAAAAAGGUUGUUUUCGUAGACUAUAUAAUAAUAAGGUGUUGUUCUUUCUCAUACAUAAGAUUCCU